AUGGACUACAAGUGGAUGACAAAAGACCAGAGAGAAUUCCUGGAGAUGUUCCUCCCUGAGUACCGUGAACACAUGGUCAACAAAACUUACAAUCCAGUGCUGAAAAAAGCCUGGCAGGGAUUCUUCAAGUGUUGGCCAGAGUGCAGUGUCAUCCUUGCACACAUGCCAGCAGAUCAAAGACUGACAAAAGAACAAGAAGAACUCUUAAAAGAGGCAAUUAAACCUCACUCAUCACAGCAAAUCACAAGUUGGUACCGGUGGCAGAAUAAUGUGUCGUGUUUAAGCUGUACCAGUGGGACAAAGGGGGUGCUCAAAUUUGACACGGUGCUGGCAGGUGGGGUAGAAUUGAGUGGUGCACGUGCCCCCAAGAAGAUGCAUAUCUACUCACAUGAGUAUUAUGCAAAGAAAAUCAAGAUCAAUGUGGACAAAACUAUUCAUGAGGACAACAUCACUCACCAUGGCCCUAAGUUGAACAAGUGCCUUGGUAUAACUCAAGAAAAGUUUGAGGCAGAAAGUAAUGAGGUGAAGGAAGAGGUUGAGAGGAAGUAUAGAAAGGUGAAAGUGAAGUUCGCUAGAGCUCAUGAGCGCUUGAAGGAUGGUAAGAUGCCAAAGGUUGAUACAAAUAUGAAAGUCAAGGCCAUCCGAGAACUAGGUUCAAUGCUGGACCAUGUAUUCCAUUACCUGUCUCAUGCAACCGGUGGCUGGAAGUUUUCAGUCCUCAUGGCCAGGCCUGACCCCACAAAGGGUGGAACAGUGGUAUAUGACUAUCACAUAGGCAAACUCAGAAAUGGUGCUCAAUUCAACACAUUUUGUGACAAGUUCAAUGGCAUCCAGCAAGCAUUCUUGGAAUUUACUGACAGCGUGCUUGCAUUUGAAGCUACUCUCCCUCAAGACGCUGACAACAACAACGACUCAGAGAGCGACAACAACACUGAUAACGAGAUGAACAACAUUCCAACCAAUUCAGUGGAGGACACAGCUGAAGCUGGCAGCAGUGGUGGUGUUGGGGCCUUGAACUUCAACUUUCACACGCUUUCUACAUUAGCCGAUAAUGCAUGCCUGGGUCUCUUGUCGCAUGAGCAGCAGUCUACGUUACCUGACCAAUACUCCAACCUCAAUUUCAACUUGGACCCCAAUGUACUAGCUUUGAUGGCUGGCAGUGAUGCUCAGAUUCAGUUGCCUCCCCUGGGCCCUUUCACCCCGGGAUCUUCAAUCAUUGCUGACAGCCUCAACCAUGACACCCAGAUCCAAGCACAUCACUCAAAUCCAUUCACCCUGAGCUCUGCAAUCUCUGAGCUGCCAUCAUUCACCCCGAGCUCUUCUAUCUCUGAGCUGCCACUUGUAUUACCUCCUCCACCAACUCCCCUGCAAACACCGCAAGUUUGUUUGCCUCUGGUUCCCAUUGAGCCCAUCCAAGACACAGAUCUAGAUGUACCUGUGCCUUCUUCCCCUGCUAACCAGCAUCAACAUGCAAGGGCACCUGCAGCACAACAGCAGGUGCAGCUUCAAGAAGAUGAACCUCAUCAAUGCCGCGCACACAAUGUUGCCUUCAACAGGCAUAAGAUUGACAAUGCCAUUGGCUCUAACUCCAGCACCAAACAGAAACAAGGCUGUGGCAAUGAUCUAGGCUCAAACAAGAGACCCAAGUGA